AAGGAGUCAUUAAUGUGGUAGACAAUGCAGUUCGCAUCAAAUACUGAAAGGAUACCAGUAGCUCCGCUCUCAUUUCACAAUGAGCAAAAGUCUUCAGACCACGUUCUUCUGCCUGUUGGCUGCCACUAUGGCGUACGCUCGUCCCGGGUACUAUGGUUACCCCUACGCCGCAGGAAUACCCCACGCAGCACCCCUGCCCGUCCACGACACCCCCGAAGUUUCCGCCGCUAAAGCUGCACACUUCGCCGCUUAUGGCGCUGCUGCUUCUGCAGCCGCGGCUGCACCAGAUCAUGGUGCUUAUGGUGGUCAUUAUGGUGGAGCUUAUGGCGGUCAUUAUGAUGAUGGACAGUACCAUGAAGGGCCUUAUGGCGGUCAUCAUGAUGAUGGACAAUAUCACGGCGGACAUUAUGACGAUGGACAAUAUCAUGGCGGAGUUUACGGAGGUCACUACGACGACGGACAAUACCAUGAAGGUCCUCAUGGCGGUCUUUACGCAGGUGCCUACGGUGGACAUUACGCGGCAGCGCCCCACAUUGUGAACGGAGUCCCUGCUGACACUCCCGAGGUUGCCGCAGCCAAGGCAGCGCACUUCGCAGCGCAUGCUCAUGCUGGAGGGCAUCACUACGGUUAUUCAUUCUGCAGCAGAAUCGACAGCACUACGACAAUGACCAAGAGUCUGCAGUUUGUAUGUUUGUGCCUGGUGGCUGCCAGCGUGGUACAUGGUCAGCAUGGGUACCCUGGGUACCCUUACGGUCCAGGUCCUGCCCCCAGCUCCCACGCAGCACCCCUGCCCGUCCACGACACCCCCGAAGUUGCCGCCGCUAAAGCUGCCCACUUCGCCGCUUAUGGCGCUGCUGCUUCUGCAGCCGCGGCUGCACCAGAUCAUGGUGCUUAUGGUGGUCAGUAUGGUGGAGCUUAUGACGGUGCUCCUGCAUAUGGCGGCCCUUACGCUGGUGCCCCUGCAUAUGGCGGACCUUACGCCGGAGCACCCGCUAUUGUGAACGGUGUACCUGCUGAUACCCCCGAGGUAGCUGCCGCUAAGGCAGCCCACUUAGCAGCCCACGCCAAAGCCGGUCAACACUACGGAUGAGCGAAUCAUAGCUCAACUUAUUCGUUGAUCCAGUAUCUAUCUGACACUGCUCGUACUGAAGCAGUUGGAGAUGAUGUGUUAGAAGAAGGGAUACAAACAGGAUACCAAGAUGAGCUCUGA